GCCGCGAUGGCGCGCGUGGCGUAACGACGGAACGGAUUGCCCCAACGAUGGACGCAAACGCGCGCGAUUGUGACGAGUACUAGUGAGUCUCCAAACCCCCAACAUUACCCAACCGAGACACCAACGAAACCGGACGUGUUUGUCUGGCUCGGUGACGGCAAAAAAACGGCGAAAUCACGACCGCACACGUGGGGGUUCGGUAUCGUGCGUGCGUGCGUGAGUGCGUGCAUGCGGUAGUGUACAGUGUGUUUGAAUGGGUGUAGAAUAGCUUGUUUGGUUUCGAUGAUUGGCCAGCAGCCCGGCUGACUGGUUGAGGCUUGUAUGUAAACGUAGGAAGACGCGCAAAACCGGCUACGGGCUGUGACCUGCUGAUGCUGUUGCUGCUGCUGUGGCGAACGAGCGGAGAAGUGUGUUGGAUCCACGCGGCGGCCCCAAUCCGAUGCUGCUGUCGUCUACUCUCUCGCUGGACCCUGAUGGAUCAACCAAAUGUAUUCCGAUCAUUGGGAACCAUUGCAAUCAUUGGCUUGACGGUGCCAUCGUCAUCAACUAGCUGUUUGUGAAUAAGUUUUAGUUUUCUUGUGUUUCAAGUGAAUCCAACCAUCUUUACAGGAAGUGUUUCGUUUGACGUCCUGUGCACCAUCAACUGAAGAAGUAGAAGUUAAUCGAAGGUGAAAAAGUGGCGAGCGUAUCGAGAGGGAAAGAGAAAAAGGAAACCCAAGAUAUCCCGUGGGUGCCACCGAGCAAAGAAGUGUACGAAGUACGAGCAUCGGGUUGCGUGAAGGAAUGCUUUCAACGCCAUCAUUCGAAUCCAUCUUAGCUGCCGAUCUCGACGAUCCUUAGUGCAACAUUGUUUUCCACAGCUGACCGCAUAGCCCUGCGUUGCCGGGUGGCGUUGGCGAACCGGGUAUAGGGGCUUGGCUUUUACGGAGUCUCUUCGGUGAAUUGUUUGCCAGUCGCCACGAAGCCACGGGACGCACCUUUUCGACCAGCGGCCAGUGCAACGCAAGCAAAAGCAGAGCCGAAUGGCGCAUGUGUGUGCUAAUAGUUAAUCUUUGAACAGCGAUCGAUGCCGCCAUCGAUGGCCACUAUUGAUUCAGAAACGAUACGAUCGCGCCAUUGGAAUGAUCAAACCAGUAGCCACUGUCACUGUACAUCGCCGGAUGCAACUGUUUCCUCCUUUGGCCAGGAGCCAACUGCUAUGGCCAGCUAUAGCGCACAGCUCCCACACGAAAUGUCCCCCACGGUGCAGUCCGAAGUGAGCAUCGAGUCGACGGCAACGAUACCGGGACGUUCGACGUCUUCUGCAGAUACCAUCGACGACGGCACCACCGGACCGGUCGUCGUCACCGUAACCGAUCGUACCGGCCUCGGUGACGUUGAUAGGCAGCACGAGGACGGCGUGAAGGACGGUGCGGAGGAGCUUAUCGUAGUGCCGAUAGCAAUCACGGGCGAGGACGGCCAUGCGACGAAUGACAGUAAUAGCAGGGGCAACAGCAGCAGCAAUAACAACAGUACUAGCAUGAAAUGUCUAAACAACAUCACUCGCUCAUCUUCAUCCGCCCGCAAAUCGCAAACCACUUCGCACGCCACGUCAGGUUAUCGCGCGCCGCCCGACGACGACGACAGUCGAAGAAGGGAAACGCCAACGUCACCAACAUCGCCAACGGCGACGGUUCGUUGCGUGGACAGCGUGCAGAAGAGCAGUCAGUUCGUUAAUCAUAGCCAUAGUUGCCGGAACAUGGGUACGAGUGGUUCCGUCGUCGCCGGUGACGGUGAUCCCUCGGACGAACCCGUGGCAAGCAUGGCACGUGGGUUGGCCGAUGUGGUCCGGGUAUCGACUAGCGUACCGCAGCCGGUAAUCAUUCGAACCGAGCCGCCGGACGGAGGUCGGAUGAUGGGACAUGGCCAAGAUAACGACGACAUGCUGGAGGCUUCCAAUCGGUCCGAGUCGCAGCUCGAGAUCAGUGCGUCCGGUAGUGGCAGCGGGGCGCCCGGGUUGCGUGGAAGUUGCGUUCUGCCCAAGCUGCAGACCCUCGAUCAGACGACACGACCCAUCUACCCGAACGUACCGUACAGCCCCUACAACAGUCCGUACGGCAGUCCGCGUAGUGGCCGGCGCCGGACACCGCUCCGUGAGUCACGCCGCGUAUCGAUCGAGCAGUCGGGCAGCUUUUUGCAGCUCAACCAGUACAAGUUGCUGGAUCAGAUUGGUCAGGGCUCGUACGGACUGGUGAAGCUGGCGUACUCGGAGGAAGACUCGACGCACUACGCCAUGAAAAUCCUCUCGAAGCGGAAGCUCCUGCGAAAGGCGGGACUGAUGCGCCGGGGACCAAAGCGUGGAACGUCACCCCUGGAUCGCGUCUACCGUGAGAUUGCGGUGCUCAAGAAGUUGGACCAUCCAAACGUGGUGAAGCUGGUGGAAGUGUUGGACGAUCCGCUGGAGGACUCACUCUACCUCGUGUUCGAGCUGGUACAGCAGGGUGAAGUCCUAAGCAUCCCAACCGAUACUCCGCUGAGCGAGGAACGUGCCUGGAAUGUGUUUCGGGACGUGCUGCUGGGAGUCGAAUAUCUGCACUAUCAGCGCAUCAUUCAUGGUGACCUAAAACCGGCCAAUCUGCUGCUGUCGGAUGUGGGCAGCGUGAAGGUGGCCGAUCUCGGUGUUUGCAACGAGUUUCUCGGCGAGGAUGCGGCCAUGAACAAUGGUUCGACGGCGGGAACGCCCGCCUUUCGGGCCCCCGAAACGCUGCUACCGGGUCAGCACUUCUACAAUGGUAAGGCGGCGGACAUUUGGGCACUCGGUGCAACCCUGUACUCGCUGGUGCACGGCAACGUACCGUUUAUUGCCACCUCGGUGCCCGGUGUGUACGAGAAGAUCAAGUGCGAUCCGCUCGAGUAUCCACCGACCAGUACGAUCAGUGAUGAGCUGCGCGAUCUCAUCGGUCGCAUGCUCGAUAAGGAUCCACAGCAGCGUAUCACGUUGCCCCAGAUCAAGGAGCACCCGUGGCUGACGAAGAACGGUGCGGUCCGGUUGCCCACGGAGGAGGAGAACUGUCGGUUGGUGCAGAUCAGCGACGAGGAUAUGAACAGCGUGGUCAAGAGCAUCCCCAAGCUGGACACACUGAUUCUCAUCAAGACGAUGCUAAAGAAGCACUCGUUCCAGAAUCCCUUCACCAAAGGUAUCUCCGGUCGGGCACCGCAGGCUGGUGGUUCGCGGUUGGAACGAUUCUGUCGUUCCGGGCGCUCCAAUUCGGCCCCGGGUGAUUACCAUACCUCCGAGCGGCAAUCUUCCAACGAAUCGCUACUUCCAUCAGUCACGGAAGGGGUGACGAGUCCGCUCGGCAGUCCGGAUCCCUCUAGCAGCCUUACAUCCGCGAUCGACAGCCUCACACUGAUAUCGGACACUUCCAUUGCCUCCUCCAGCACGGACAAUGACACUACCACGGUAAACAUAGUCAAGCGUACAUCCCAGUACAUAUCGAUAUCGGAGGCGCGGCUGCCGCGACCACCACUAACCCAAGACCACGGCGGCAAAGAAACUCCAGCUGACCAACUCGCCAGAAUGUUCCGUAAUAUUCGCUUCCUCAGCACGGCAGUCGCCAAAAGUAUCCAAGCCGGCGGAAUCCAGACUGGCCGUACCGGCGUUCGUGCGGUUGCACAACCGGCAAACGCUGUUGCAACAUGUGCCCUACGAACCCUCGCGGUGAUGCCGAGUGGACAGCAUGCCGCUAUGUUCCAAAUCCCCAGCCGAAAGAUUCACACCAAAGGUGAGCGCGAACUAGUCGAGUUCCUGGCGGAAGAGAUCGUGGCCGAGAAGAAGUCGGGUUCCAGCGCCACCAUCCCGACGUCCAUCAAUGGCUACAAGAUCAGCUGCGAUAAGGCGGAAGUCGAGCUGACGAAAUCAUCUGACCGCGAAAAGAUUACGAUCUCGUUCAAUGUGAACCAUACGGUCGAUAUGGAGGGCGAAGAGGCUGAUUCCGGUGAGAACAAGCAGGAGUUCUCCGCCAUGAAGAGUCGACCGCAGUUCGAGAUCGAUAUCGUGCGAGGGGAUACGACACUUUCGUUCACCUGCUCCUAUCUGCCUGGUGAAGCACAAGAGGGCGAGUACAACGAUGUAUUCGGCAUCGAUGAGGUGACGAUCUUCAAGGGUGAAUGGAGCGACAAGGUAUACGCGGUCGCCGGCGAUGUGCUCGAUGGGUACCUGUACGAUCUGCUAAUGAACUUCCUGGAGGAGAAGGGCAUCAGUAACGAGUUUGCGGAGAAAAUGUCGGAAUUUGCGAGCGCGUACGAGCAUUCGAAGUACGUGGAACUGCUCGAGGGAAUCUCGAAGUUCACCGUCGUGCAAAAGUAAACUCGUCGCUGUGUGGGACGAUGCCAUAGCCUUUAAUUUGCAUCUACACCGUGUACCGUUCCGUUGAUAGUUAAGGGGGCAACAUGUUGUCUGAGUGCGGAAACUUGAUCAUUCUAUUGCAUUUGUACUGUCUAACCUACUCUCUCCCUCUCGUCCAACAUGAUCAUCUCCUUAUCCAAGCUCCAAGAUGUGUGUCAUAGUGAACUAGAUAUCAUCACCGUAUAGUAGUGAUAAUAAACCAUUCUCAACA